CUUCUGUCCAGAAACGCUAAUAAAUUUUCCACCAAGAAAUCCUAAAUUUUCGAUCCCAACUCUCUGCACAAGUCCACCGACGAAUCACCAUUAAGUCCUUCGAAGAAUCUCUUUGUCUUCUUCUCAAAAUCAGCAAAGAGCCAGUUUGCUUGCUAGUUAUUGAAGAGGAUGGGUUCCUUAUCCAAUGGUGAUCUAUUUGAUGGGAGUUCUAAGAAGAGGUCAUUGUACAAUGGUUAUUGCACCUCUUCUGGUGUUUCACUUAAGUACAAGAAGCGAAAAGUUUAUGCUGUUCGUGAUUUUCCACCUGGGUGUGGACAUAAUGUUUCAUUUAUCAAUCUGAUGCCCCAGGAUACUGAGGUAGUAGCAUCACUAGGUGAUAAAGAGAAUUUGGUGGCUGAUGAAAAGAUGGUGAAAGUUGCAGAGGGUGAUUGUGUCAAAGCUUCUGAAAUUGGGAAUGAAUCAUCAUCUCAUCAAUUGGUGGAAAGUUCGGUGAAGUUGGAAUUGCCCGACAUAUUGAAUGUAGUGGUUGCGGCUGGGAAAGUCAAUGGGGCUGAAUUGUCCCCUGUUGUUGUGCCUCUAGGAAGUGGCUUGCCAAAAGCUUUAGAAAAUAAUGCACUAGAAUAAAAUCACACCCGUAUAGCUGUAUCUGAUAGCGGGUCGGGAUAGUUUGUCAUGGUAUAAAAACAUAUGGAUGAAAAUUAUCAUAGUCACAACUUGAAUAAGAUUAAAAAAAAUUAUGAAAUGAGUAAAAUUUUAAAUUAUGGAAUC